ACAAUUAAACUUGCUACUUGUAAUCAAGAUAUAAUAUUAGAGCAGCAAGAACUAGAUAUUGACAUAUUAGUAGUAGAUUUAACCUCUCAAAAUUUAGAUUCAGAAAUUGAAAACCAACUAAAUAUAUAUUUAAAUUUCAACAAUUCAUAUAUUUUAACUGAGGAAAAGCUUAAUGAUUCUGAAAUUAUCAAAGUUGUAUUGAUGAAGCAAAUUAAUUUGAACAUAGAGAUUCUAAUGAUUUGA